AUGAGUAGUAGAUUUAAGCAAUCGGGGGAGACUAUUAGUAGGUACUUCAAUUCAAUCUUGGAUGGAGUGAUAAGAUUACAAGGUAGACUUUUGAAGGUGCCGGAACCCAUACCUGAUAAUUGCACCGAUAAUAGAUGGAGAUGGUCUAAGAAAUGCUUGGGGGCGUUGGAUGGGACUUACAUUAGGGUUCGUGUCCCUGAACAAGAUAAACCAAGAUAUCGAACACGAAAGGGGGAGGUUGCAACCAAUGUAUUAGGAGUUUGUACUCCUUAUAUGAAAUUUAUAUUUGUUUUCCUUGGUUGGGAAGGAUCUGCGUCAGAUUCUAGGGUGUUACGAGAUGCAAUUAGUAGACCAACAGGAUUAAGAGUUCCUACAGGAUGUUAUUAUCUUGUGGAUGGUGGGUACACAAAUGGUCAAGGAUAUCUGGCUCCUUAUAGGGUCCCACAUAUUGAGUCCAAAAUGAGGUUUUGGAAAAUAUUGUAUGGGAUAAUCUUUGACAUGAUUAACAAAAGUGGUUUUGCUUGGAAUGAUUCUUUGAAAUGCAUUGAGGUUGACAGCAAUGAAGCAUGGAACACUUAUGUGCAGCAUAACAAGGAUGCUGAUGGUUGGAGGGGGAAACAAUGUCUAAUAUAUGGUAGGUUGAAAAAUAUAUUUGGGAAAGACCGAGCAACUGGUAGAGGGUCUGCAACUCCCACUGAAAUGAUGAAUGAGCCUGUGCAUCACAUUGAUGUCAAUGAUGAUGAUGAGGAAGUUGAGGUUGAUCCAGAUCAUUCUGCCUCUUUGUCAAGAUCAAAUCAACAAAACUCAGCUAGCUCAAGCAGUCGACACCGCAAACAAAAUGCAGAUACUGAUAUUCAAAUAGGAGGAUGGAUCUUCUCUAAUUAG